AUGCAAGCGGAGGUCGAUCGUCAGCUGAAGCAACAUGUAGCGCCCGGUUAUGGAGGUAUUUCACAGGAGAUGUGGAUUGCUGCACCUGACAUAGUCCGAAGCCGCGAGAGGCGAGUCAUUGAGCUGAUCCUCCGUCUGGGCAGAGCUCCACCUAUCCUACGGCGAAAGCAAAUGAUUUUUCUUCCUAAGUGCGCUAACAUCGACCCGACGCUCGAUAACUCCAAAGGACUACCACCUUGGAGGCCCAUUACCGUGCAAUCGGCGUUGGCUAGCCGCUUAUUUCUUGUUGUGAAACGCUACGUUGAGCCUGGUAUUCCGAUCAGCCAAAUGCAACACGGAUUUCAAUCGGAUAGAACC